AUGAAGGCGACCAUCUUCAUCAGGUACAAAAUUCCAAGUGUCAUGAAAAAGAGCAGUGAGAACCAUGCCGACAACACCGCCGCCGGCGUGCACGGCAAAGAUUUGCAAAGGGUCAUGUCGAAGGAAUAUUUCGGCUUCUUUUUUCAGGAAGUUGACGCAAAGGGCACCAACAACACCAAACACUGGAGCGCUCCAGACGGGAACCUGAACUUGUUAGACACAGGGCACACUUGA